AAAUUUUUAGCGGCUGUUUUAAAUUUUGAGGGAGAGAUCGCGAAGAGAACUGUCAAUUGUUUGUAACGUAAGAUCCAAAGUGUUUUUCAUAAUGGAGGCGACCUCUGUCGUUCGGUCAGUGGUUUUAGCAGCCAAUCAAUACAGCAGGAAUCAGAGUGAUGCGAAUCUAGCUCAUCUCCAAAGCAGAUUGGAUGUGUUGAUUGGAAUCACAUCCAGAGACAAGUCUUUGAGUUACUUUUGUCCUCGCCAGCUCCUGCCCAGCGAAUGCUUGACCUGUCUCGUUGACCUGGUCAAUGACCCUGUGACCCCGCUUGACCUCGCUCUCAAGACCAUGGUCUUGCUCUUCAAUCUAGCUGCGGAUUGUGAUGUCAGGGAAACACUUCAAGUGACCUUUAACCUCCCAGCAUCCCUUGCACUGUUCCUGAAAGUUCAGCGGGGUUCACCGAAUGAGACAGUCAUUGGACAAUGUGUCCAGCUUCUACAGAGAGUGACAUACAACUACAGGAUCAUCUACCCUAACAACUAUGUGGAGGAUUUGAUCCAGUUUUUACUAACACAGAUUCUUGGUCCAGAAUCAGACCUAGUGAUGCCUUGUUUGGGUCUUCUUGCGAACUUGUGCAGACAGAAUGUUUCUAUUCAGGCCCAUAUCAAAGCUAUGAAUAAUCUGAAAUCAAUCAGUAAGACGCUGAUUAGAUUCUUAUCUCACAGCAGCCGGACAAACAUCAUCUUCUCUCUCUCCAUCCUAACUAGUCUGUGUCUUAAUGAAGAACUUGGUGAUAAGCUAUUCAAUCCCCGAAAUAUCAAUCAGACGUUUCAGCUAAUUUUUAACAUUCUGAUCAACGGUGAUGGAGUUGUGACGCGUCGCUAUGCCGUCGACCUCUUGAUUGACCUUUUGAAGAGUCCCAGGAUACAACAGAGUCUUCUCUUGUUUGAGCAUUUUCAGCUGUGUUUACACAAGGUCUUGGGUUUAUUACCGACACAAGAUGAAGAAUCAGUUUGUAAGCUUUUUGAGUUGAUGUUGACAUUCUGCGGUGUGUCGGGACUCCGCCCAACGAUCUGCCGUAGCAUUAUGUCAUCGACCAAUCAGGGAAUGGACCAAUCAGAAGCCUUCUUUGCCGUGGUCAAGUGGGCCUCACGUCCGGUCCAGAGUAAUAAUACAGUCUCGCUGCUAGCCCUGGAUCUACUACGAGAGGUGUAUGAGGAAAUGUUAGACUCCGGUCUUGUGACCCAGCUGUCUCCGCGUACCGAUGUCACUAUCCCCAUGGCAACGGGAUUAAUCCUCCCUCUGGAUGAGCUAGAAGGUCCAUUCACCAAACAUAAACUUACAAAGAUCUCAAGAGUUAUGUGUCUUCUUAUGACUCUGAGCUGUGAUGAGGGAACGAGGUCAGAGUUGAGUCGGGUCAUGAACUUUGACCCCUGUCUGUCCAUCGUAGAAUACCAGCUUGAUAACAACCAGGUCGCCGUGAGUAAGACGAGGGUCAUCAACGAUGAUUGUGAUUGGAGUGACGCGGGCGUUGGAGCCAUUCUGCAUAUAGUCGAUCUGAUGGUGACGUUGCAAUCAAAUGUACCACAGCUAAAGACUACACUGAUACAACUACUUCAGGAUCAUCGGUUGGUUCCCUUUAUGGCACAUGGUCUUAGUUCAAGGGACAGGGAGAGAGUCCAUGUUAGUCUCAGGCUCAUCAGGGCUGCUUCAACGCUUCAAGAAUUCCCCACGAUAAUUCUUGGUGAAUGCAUCGCCUCCAACAACUCCCACAAUAUCCAGACCUCACACCAGGACCAUCAGAUGGAUCCAGCAGCACCCCAUAAUCUCAACCAGUCACAAACCAACAACUAUGAGAUGUCCGUGAUGGCAGCCAACCUAGAGGUCACAAGGUCAAAGGUCACCAAGGCAGACAACGCUGGUUUGGAUAAGCUUAUUGAUAGAAUGCAGACAGGCUUGGAUCUGAAAGACGUCAAAGCAUCAGAGAUUAUGGAUGUAUAUGAGCACAAACUCUCAGCACUGGCUACAAAAGAAAGUCACCUACAAGAUCUCCUGGAAGCGAAAGCAUUGGCGCUAGCCCAAGCAGACAGGCUGCUAGCUCAGUAUAGGUGCAGGAAAGCUCAGGCAGACAAUGAGGCCCGCAAGCUUCGUUCCAUGAUCCAAGAAUCAGAGAAGAGGAGUGAGGAAUACCGAGAUGAGCUCAGCGAGAAGACGGUCGAGAAAGAGAGGAUGGUGGGCGAGAUGAAAGCCAUGAUGGCUCAGAUUGAAAGACUGGAGGCGGUUGCUAGGGAACACGAGAGGUUAACAGCCGCCCACGCUGACCUGGGUCAAAGGUUAGAGAGUUUGAAAGAGACUCUGGAGUCCGAGAAGAAAGAGAGAGCUGGUCUCUUGGAGCUUCAUGAAAUGCUUACUAAACACACCGAAGCAUUGAAAAACAAGCAUGAAACGACGCUUGGUCAACUCGAAGAUCUUGAAAGCCAGCAAAAGAAUACAGUAAAGCAGCUCCACCUGACAGAGGGUCGGCUUGGUGAGGUCCAGGAAGAGCUGAAAGAUACGGAGAGAACGUUGAGGAAGACGGAGCGGGAGAGGGAAGAACUAGAAGGGGCCAUCGACAAACUGAGAGGCGAGCUGGCGAAGGCCGAACAGGCCAAGAAGAAACUAUCGCAGCAGGUGUCGAAGCUUGAGACGGAUUGCCGGCAGCAGAAGAGCACCGUCCGGGAGAAGGACGCCCUCAUCAGUCAGCAGAAGGAAGAACUGAAUAAACAGCAGCAAUUGACCCUGAUGAUACACAGUUUAACCAGUAAACAACAAGAAAAAUAAUAGAUCAUCAAACAAAGGCUCUCUCGGGACAUUAUUGUAUUGAAAUUUGCCCAUUCUUCCCACCUUAGCUAUACACAUGACUUACAAGUAUAAGGUGUAUGAGGGUUUAUUGGUUACUGCCAAGUAUUUCAUGAAAAGUCCUGUUGGUGAUUUUGACUGACUAGUUUGCUCUCUGCCAAUCAGAUGCAAGGAUUUCAGUAGCUUGUAACAAUAGUUGGUGAAAAUCAUUCUUCCCACCUGACUCACUCACAAAUAAAAAGUUAUUGGUAAGUGCAGUGCAUUUCAUGAAAAAAAAAUUAUUUUCACAAACUAGUUUGCUCUCAGCCAAUCAGAUGCAAGGAUUUCAGUAGCUUAUAACAACAGUCAGUGACAAUCACUGACUAUUUGUUUCAUGAAAUGGUUCCCUGAAGGUCUCAGGAGGACUGAUAUUCACCUCACCUGGGUUGAGUGCAGCACAAUGUGGAUUAAUGUAUUGCUGAAGGAAAUUACGCCAUGGCUGGGAUUCGAACCCACGACCCUCUGUUUCAAAGUCAGAAGACUAAUCCACUGGGCCACAACGCUCCACAUACAUUGCUUGUUGCUAUGUCAGAGAUGGCUUUUCAUAAUGAUACUUUUUCUUGGGAUGAAUUAUACAGAGAGGGAUGAGGAUCGACAGAAGAAUGAAGGAGCUGGGAAAAGAGAGGGAGAUGAAGAGAGAGGAGUGAGAGAAUAAUUUUAUACAUAGAUAUAAUGCUAAUUGUAAUAUAUUUAUUUAUCUGUUAUAUAUAAUGUUAAUAUCGAAACGUUUUGUCCACUGUACAUAAUAUUCAGUGUAAAAAGCAAGAAACCAAGGGCCUGUAACACAAAGCUUAGCUAUCAUCGUAGAACAUUUUUUAACAAUUGAUUGCAUUGACAACAACGUACGAUCAAUCUUAAAAUCCAGCUUACGACUAAUCGCUAACCUUUGUGAUAUGGGACCCUCAUCACACGUAACCACUUUUCUACUUGUAAUGGGCGGUUGUUCUAAGAAUGUGGGAGAAAACAAAACUCAGCAGUUAGUGGAUUAGAUAUACCUUUCGUGAAUUACUUUUGGCUUAUCUGACACCCUAAUCAUAUCUCAUAUUACCACUUAAUACCCCGCUCAAGAUUUUUUCAACGCAUAGAAGGAGGGGGGGAGACAGACAAUAAAAAUAAAGAAGUGUGGAAAUGGGAUAUUUAAAUAUCUGAAGAUAAAUGAAUUGAAUUGAAUUGAAUGGAGAUGGUUUUACAAUAUACCCUUAAAGGUCAAGUCCACUCCAGAAAAAAAGUUGAUUUAAAUAAAUAGAGAAAAAUCAAACAUGAAUAACGCUGAAAACUUCAUCAAAAUCGGAUGUAAAAAAGAAAGUUAUGACAUUUUAAAGUUCCGCUUAUUUUUCACAAAAUAGUUAUAUGCUCAACUCAGUGAUAUGCAAAUGAGAGAGUCAAUGAUGUCACUCACUCACUUUUUAUUGUUUGAAUUAUACAAUAUUUCAAUUUUUACGAAUUUGACAAUUAGGACCCCCUUGCUUGAACCACAAAAUGUUACAAUAAUGGAAUUCCAUGUGUUCAGGGAGGAAUUAAACUUUGUUUCACAUGACAGUGAUGAGAAAAUCAAAAUAUUUCAUAUUUCAUAUAAUAAAAUACAAAAGAAAUAGUGAGUGGGUGAUGUAAUCGGUUCCCUCAUUUGCAUACUGAACAGGGUGUGCAUAUAACUGUUUUGUGAUAUUAAGCGAAACUUUGAAAUGUCAUAACUUUCUUAUUUUACAUCCGAUUUUGAUGAAAUUUUUAGUGUUAUGCUUGUUUGAUUUUUCUCUUUCUAUUCAAAUCAGCUUUUUGUUGGGGUGGACUUGUCCUUUAAUUUACAAAAUAAUCUUGAUUCAUCUUGGUACCUGAGUUGACACCUGGGUCCCGUCUUACAAAGAGUUGUGAUUGAUCCAAUCAGCCUGAACUAUAUGAAAAUCCGUCAUUGUCAUCAUUUUUCCACCACGAAAUUUGCACAAUGUCCUUUGCAAACAUAGAGGAAGCACACUUUAUUAUCAAGAAAAAGAGUAAUGUUUGAAUAUACAUCAUAUCUAGAAAACAUUUUGAACAAGUAUGCAUUUUUGAAGUUGGCGUAGCUGGCUUUCCGUAGUUGUGGUUGAUCGGAUCAAUCACAACUCUUUGUGUGAUGGGGGCCCAGAUGUGAAGUUUGGCGCUUGACACAGGAGACUUGUUUGAGAUGGAUUAUAACAGCAGUGGUUUAUGAUGAGGAUAAAAGGGAUAUAGUCAAGGUUAGUACUACAAAGUCACAAGGCCGGUGGAGUAAAGCGCCUCCCAUAGAAUUUGUACGUUUGACCCGGGCCAAGGCCGUCAAACUGUGGUCUCGAGGACGGCCUUGAAUACAUGCCUGGAGGAUGAGCACCAUAGCAUUCACUAUAGGUCCAUGAUGAUGAUUCCAAUACUAGUCUUGUCUCUCAGACCUGAUAUCUUUACAGUGCCAUACCCCUCCCCCACCACUCACACUGCCUGACCAAGAUACUCAUCACCACUUCAAGGCAAACAUGAUUUUUGUAUUUUGAUUUUUAGAAUUUAAUUUGUGAAUUUCAUUUGUAUAUAAUACUUUUUCAUAUUCUAAUUGUAUUAUAAAGGAAUAAAGCUUAUUUCAAUGUGA